CUUUUUAAAAACAGAAGUGGAUUAAAAUAAAAGACAGAAAUGAGAGCAAAAGAAAAUCUAUUUGAGCACUGGAAGAAGUUAGCUAUCAACAUUAUAUUGACGCUGUUUGGAAUUUUAUUGGUUUUAUUUUGGCCUAAGAUUUUUGAUUAUAUUCUAUUCAAGCAAUGGGAAUUGAAACCUGGCACACUAAUGUACAAAUAUUGGCAUGACCAACCUCCAGUGAAGAUGAAUUGUUACUUUUUUAAUUGGACUAAUCCUGAAGAAUUUUUGAAUCAUUCAUCAACCCCAAAAUUUGAAGAAGUCGGACCAUAUACGUUCCUAGAAUAUCCUCGUAAAGCUAAUGUCACUUUCCAUGACCACAACUCAACAGUCACUUAUAAAAAGGAAAGCAAAUUUAUAUUUGAUCCUGAAUUGAGCGUUGGAAAAAUGACUGACAUUAUAACAUCGCCAAAUUUAAUUUCACUUGCUGCAUCAAAGCAAGCACAAAGCUUCAAUAUUUUAAAAGUUAAAGGAGUUGAACUUGGAUUAGCUUUUUUCGAGCAAAAAUUUCAUGUCACAAAAACAGCAUCAGAGUUACUUUUUGAAGGAUAUGAAGACUCAAUGAUUGCAGUUGCAGCCGAAAUUGUGAAAUUUAUGGAUAUUGAAGUACCAUUUGAUGAUCGAUAUGGUUGGUUUUAUAAGCGAAACGAGUCUAGCAGAAUUACAGGUCAAUUUAAUGCUGACACAUCUUUUUCGUCAUUUAGUGAAUUAAGGCAUUGGACAGCAUUGUCAAAACCUAAAUUUCUUGAAUCGAAUUGCGGAAGCUAUAAAGGAGCUUCAUCCGAUGGACUUUUUCCACCACUGAUGGCCAAAAAUGCUCAGAUGAUUUCAGUAUUUGCUCAUGAAAUGUGCAGACGCAUUGAUUUAGAUUUUGUAGAAGAGACUGAAGUUAAUGGAAUCAAUGGACGAAAAUUUGUAAGCGGUGAUCGAAUGAUUGAUAAUGGAACCAAUUAUCCAGAAAAUGAAUGCUAUUGCACUGGUCGAUGUGUACCGUCAGGAGUCCUUAAUAUAACAGCUUGUCGUUGUGGUGCUCCAAUUUUCAUAUCAUAUCCUCAUUUUUAUAAAGGCGAUCAAUACUAUUUAGAUCAAGUUGAAGGAAUGAAGCCUGACCAGGAAAAACAUGAAAUGUUUAUGACACUUGAACCUAAAACUUCAAUGCCAUUGGAAGUAGCAGGAAGAUUUCAAAUAAAUAUUUUAGUUGAGCCAAUUCCGAGGAUUAAAAUGUACCGUAACGUUCCGACUAAAUUUUUACCAAUUGUAUGGUUCGAGCAGUCCUUUAGAAUAGAUAAUAAAAUGACAUUUGUAAUAAAGUUAAUAUUAUGGACUCCAUUGAUUGGACAAAUUAUUGGAUUUAUCAUAGCAGUUGUCAGCAUAUAUAUGAUAUAUAAAUCUCUACAAGCUGAGAAAAAGGAGCAGAACUGUCCAAAAGAGAACCUCAAAAGUAGAGUUCCCGAAUUAUAUCCUCUAGUAGAUUCUAAAUUACCUCAACACAAACAUGCAGACAACAACAAUCAUUGA